UGUGUUACAUACAUUUCAACAAAACCAUUAUACCCUGAUUUCCCAUUGAAAAUGGGUUCAGGGUAUAAAAAAUGAAGCGGAGCGAAGAGGAGUAAAGCAAGGUUAAGUAAAAUAAAGGCGAGCGGUGCAAAAAUAAAAUAAAGUCAAGUAAGUAAUUAAAGUAAAAGUAGAAUAAAGCAGAAGCGAGGUCAAACGAAUAAAACUAAAGUAACGACAGUAAAGCGAAGUGAAGAUACGAUUAAGAGACAGUAAAAAUAGAAUGAGAAAGUAAUAUGAAAUGGAAUAGAAUAAGACGAAAUGUAAAAAAGUAAAGAAAAAAAUAAAAGAAAAGAAAGCAAAAUAAAACGGAAUAGAUUAAGAUUAAGUAAAGAAGAGUAAAAUAAACACGAGCGAAGCGAGGCGAAGUAAAAGCGAAGAAAAUAAAGCAAAUUCAAGUCAAGCGAGGUAAAGCGGAGCAAUAUGGAAUAAAGUAAAGUAAAAUAAAGUAAAGAAAAAUGAAGCAGAACCUAGUAAAAUAAAAGAAGAGAAACAAAAGUAAGGCCGGAGUACGGUGGAGUGUUGCGAGCAGAGCAGAGGGAAGGAGGGGAAGAUCGUCGCGACGGUGUCGAUCGGGGGUCAAAAGAUGAGUGCCACGAUCGACAUAGGGGCCACGCGCAGUUUUGUAAGCGAGGACUGCGUGCGCCAACGAACGAUUCGGGGCGAGUACAGCGACGUGGACUCAAGGAUCAGGCUGACGGACGGGUCAGCCCUGAACGUCACAAAGAUGAUAAGGACGGACGUGAGUCUAGCAGGGAAGACGCCUCAGGCGAUUCUGCUCAUAAUGCCGACCAUGCUAGGCCACGUACUCGGUUGGACUUUUUGUGCGCCAUCGGCACCACGGUGCGUAGUGGCAACGCCGUGUUGGUGAUGAGGAUGGUGGAAGAAUCAGAGGAAGAAGCGCCGUCGUCGGAUGGAAAAGCGCGCAGGGAAGAGGACAGGACUGGCUCGCUAGUGGAGACACGAAAGGAACGCCCGAGCGUGAGCUUGGGGAGGAUCUCCCGGUGGCGAGGAUGGAUAAGAAAAAAGGAAGCAAGGAACUGUAUCAGAGAAGGGGAGCUGGGCCUCCCGCGGGAGCGACAGAGCAGAGCGAGGACCAGAAGGGUGGACUCAGGGAGCGGCCACUAGAGAUCAAGGCAAUCAAGUUGGAAAAGGAGGCGAGCCCGGAGAGGGCCCGCCGAUGAGACAGAACAGAGAGAAAAUAUAUGAUCCACGCCCAGCAGUAAGCAAUGGCCGGACGAGUUGGAGGACGAUUUGCAGGAGUUUUUAAAAGCGGAGCUGGCACUCUUCGAAGACCUCAAAGGAGUGACACACAUAGCCGAACAUAGUAUCAGGAUGAGGGACAACAAACCUCUCAAACAGAGGUACUAUCCUAAGAAUCCGGCUUUCACUUUCACUUUCUGCAUAGUGAUAGAUGAGCAGGUGGACGAACUACUUCAAGCUGGAGCCAUUGAGCCGUCGAAGAGCCCUCACAGAGCAACCAUAGUCUUAGUCAAAAAAAAAACUGGGGAGUGGCGUAGAUGCGUAGAUUAUCGACGGCUCAACGCCCACUCGAUCCCAGAUGCGUACCCUGUUCCGAGGAUCCUUCACAUUCUGGAAAGGCUACGACACGCACGAUUUAUAUCCUCGCUGGAUCUAAAGAGCGGUUACUGGCAGAUCUCAAUCACUGCUGCCAAUUUAGCUUUUUUCCCGUCAAAUCUGACUGUUUCCGAAGACCAAUUGCGGGAAAUAUUUGGGAAUUGCGGGAAGCGGGAGUUCUGGCUUUUUUUAAAAAAUGAAUUUGGCUUUUUUCGCUUUUUUUUAAUACUGCCACCAAUGAAAAAAUGUAGCAGCGCGGUUGCCACUUGUUAAAAAAGUUUGGUAUUAAAAUCUUCCAUUUUCGAUAAACCUGUGAAGAAGUUUGGUAAAAAUAUACCAAAUGUGUCAAAGAGUGGCAGCUUUAUCAUACGUUUAUAUCGAUAUUCGCCAAUAUCACCACCACUACUUUACACAAACUGUGAUCACAAUAAGUGGGAUUUUUUCGGCUACAAAUUUUUAGCCAAAGUGCCGUGAUGCUUGGAUAAAGAGCGAAGAAUUCAAGGAGUGGCUUCGCAGGGAUGACAUGGACGACACAAGGGUCUAUUGCAGUUAUUGUAAGACUACAAUAACUGCAAAGCUGAGCGAUCUUCGUGCUCAUGCAAGCACGAAAAACACACAAGUGCGUUGGGUGGCUUCCAGCAAAAGAAUAAAAUUGAUUUUGGUACCUUGCCUACAAAAGCUUUGGAACAGGAAGCAGCAUUGUGUCUGUUUAUUGCACAGCACACAGCUAUGGCACAGGUAGACCAUUUGGGUAAUUUAUGCAGCAGCCAUUUUGAUAUUGCAACAGCCGGGCGAAUAAAGCUUCAUCGCACAAAAUGCACCAGUAUUAUAAAAAAUGUUUUGGCGCGUCAUUUUUACGAAGAUUUGUGCAGCGAUAUAGGCGACUCUAAGUUCAGCCUUAUACUCGAUGAAUCAACGGACAUCAGCGUUACAAAACUUUUAGGUUUGGUAAUUAAGUACUUUUCCGUUCCGCGAGGUGAAUUCGUCUCAACAUUUUUAAGUCUGGUUCAACUAGAAUUUGGUAAUGCUACUUGCAUUGUUGAUGGCGUGAAAAACGUGUUAUUGUCAUACAAAUUAGAUAUAAAAAAUCUAAUUGGCAUUGGUACCGAUAAUGCUACCGUUAUGGUUGUCAUAAACAGGAGUGUCUACACGGAAUUGAAGAAGGAGGCUCCACAGCUAAUUUUGGUAAAAUGUGUUUGUCAUUCUGUGCAACUUGCCGUUAGCCAAGAGCAUCUCCAAGUAGACAGAAUAGCCGACAUUGAGCGGCAGUACUAUGAUAUUAAUCUAGUCAAGUGGGAAAACAUCAAUGACAGCUCCAAAUUUUGGAAUGAAGUCUCUAAUUACAAGGAUUCUGGCGGCAACUGCAGAUUCCUUGACUUGGCAGCUGUUGCCCUGCAAAUGUUUUCAUUACCAUGGUCCAACGCGGAGGUGGAACGCGUAUUUAGACAGCUUAACUUGGUAAAGUCCAAGUUAAGGAACUCAAUGAGCCUGAACACAAUAAACAGUAUUCUUAGCAUAAGAUAUGGUUUGCGAAGACUGGGCAAAUGCUGCUAUGAAUACAAAGUUCCUCCAAAUUAUCUUCGCAUGAUAGGUACUAAUAGAUCGUACGAUUCUGAAAGCGAUGCUAGUCGCGACGAAUUAGAUAGCAUGCUGAAAAUCUUGUAAAUUAAAAAAAAAAACAUGAAAAUAA